UUUUAUAUCUGCUACAGGUUUUAUUGGGAAAAUUUAGUGUCAUUUGUCAAGAAAACAUUAUAUAAUUUGUUAUUUGCAGUCAGACCCACAACAAAGCAUUUGAUAAAAGUUAGGAGUAAUGAAAAAUAAUAAAUGAAGUUGGGAAGGGGGUCUUGACAUUCUCCAUGAAAUUAAUCCACAAGGGACAAUGUAGUACAAGAAGUUACGUUGGAAGAAAUUUGUGUAAAUAUGUGUGAAUCACCUUGAUAAUGUUUGUCCUGUAUUUGAAGGUUAACUGUAUUAAAAGAAAAAAGAAAUAUAUUUUAUUCUUCAACUUAAAAGUAUCAGAAUCAGAAAUACUAAUAAUAAUCCCCAGGGAGAAAUUGCUUUUGUCACAGUAUUCCUGUGCAAAUACAGUAAAGGAGGAAAUAAAUAACAGAUAAAAUAAGCAAAAAUAUAGAGAUAAUAUACAAGUAUUUACACUAUAAACAACAACAACAACACAUGUAGUUAAAUCGUAUGCAUUAAACAACAGUAUUCUAAAUGAACUAUUUAGAAAUGUGCUCAAUAUUUUGCAAUGUGUUUGGUUUGUAUACCUGCCGAACAGUGUAACCAAUCAUCUCUAUGAAUUUACGCAUUACGUCAGUGUAACGGAUAUCUUCAAAAGCGCGUGUACACGUCUACAGGAUAACCACAGGGGGGUGGAGAGGGUAUCACUCAUUGUGGUUCCGCUCGACUCCACCCACUGGAAAUGUCAUUGGGAAGAAAACCAAGCGCACCAGUUAAUUUAAACCCUUCUCUGUGAUAGCCAAUCAGCGCCCCUCUAGUACUCUCUUGGCUCAGGAGCGUCCAAUCAGGAGCGCCGUCCUCUUUGUUGUUGGUGAUGACAUGAAAAUAUUGUUGUUGCUGCUGAAAGCUGCGGACGGAGACUCGACGGUGGGAGACAGACAGACAGGCAGACAGGGAGGACGGGGUUUGAGGGUUUUGAGGCGCCGAUUAAAGUCUGUUUUCUUUUCUUUUCUUUUCUUUGUUUCGGCUUUAAGCAAACUGCUUGGAAAGUGGCCAUGUCGGUGAAUAUGGACGAACUCAGACAUCAAGUUAUGAUCAACCAGUUUGUUUUGACGGCAGGCUGCGCCGCUGAUCAGGCGAAGCAGCUCCUACAAGCGGCCCACUGGCAGUUUGAGGUGAGUGUCAAAGAGGAGAUAUUUAUUCAAUAUGCACGUAAUGACCCUCUCUUUGUGUUUGUGGUUUCAGUCUCCAGUUUGAGACUGAACUGUGAGGGUAUUCAAGUCAACUGCCCUCGGCCUUUAAUGGGAGUAUUUCACGUCCUGUCUCGCGACCAUGCGCUCCUGGGCUAACACGAGCUAAGCUAACAGCAGCAGCAGUACUGAGGACGUGGUCCUCCUCCACUCAAUGGCCGUUUUUGUUUACAUUCUCUACAGGAAUCUACUGUGUCAUUGCCAAGCUAAUUGUUGUUAGCCUAGCCGCCGGGAGGAUAAAGCCAGCCUUUAUACGGCCAUAUGCUCGCUCAAGGUCGGUCAUUAUGUUACAAUAGGUGUCGUUGAAAACAAAUAAGUUUAUGAGUGACGCGGAGAGCAAAUUACUGAUGCCAUCUUGUCAGACAAGGCCCGUCUGAUAACAUGUUCUCAUAUGCACACAACAGCCAUUACUCAGAGAUAAUAAACUACGGGUUUGGCUUGUUUGUUUGGCUCCAGUCCACAAAAGGUGAAAAGAGAAACCUCCCCGUGAGACGGGUGUUAACCAAGUUCUUCAUAACGGACUCACAACACCUUUUCUAACUUAUAGCGUAGAGGGAAGUAUAUGUCUAUAAAUAUAUUGAUAUUUUACUUGAAGAUCAUGUGAUGAGUUUUAAGUUGGUUAGAAACAGACAAAUUGUUUUGCAUAAGAAAAUAGGACGAUCAGAAAUUACAUUAACCAUUUCCAUGAAGUCAUUGUCAUAAAGAGCUGGAAAGAGGACAACCAGAUUUACUGAUGAAGAUUAAUGCUGCUGAAACCGCCUUUAUUUAAAGUUGAAGUAGGUACAUGUGUUCACAAGGGGGCCUAAAAAUGACCCACAUUAAAGGAACUUUAAGCAGAAGUCUAUUAAUUUACACAGGUGAAGGUAAAAAGUACAGUUUUUAACAUGAGUACCAAGUAGGGCUGGGCGAUAAAACGAUAACAAUAUACAUCGAAAAUUAAUUUCCCUCAAUAUCAAUAUAAAACAUUGUCAGUAUGCUUUUCAAUAGUCUGUGUUUUGCCAUGUGUAGGUAGACUAUACAAAUAGCCAAUGAAAAGGGGAGUCGCUCCAGGUCGUGCCGCGCAGAACCAAUCAUGUGCUGAAUUAGAACCAAGUAGCAAACAACUGCGUAGUAGCAGACUGCAGCUACAUGAACAGUAGCACUUUAAAAUGUAAAGCCGACAGCACUGUCAGUGAGAACAAAAGAAAAGGAAAUGCAGAAGAAGGCUCAACAGAUGACAACACUGGCAUGAAAACGUCGGUGGUGUGUUUGCAGGUUGGACAUGAAGCAGAGUAAUUUGAAAUGCAAAUUAUGUCGAGUACAUGUUAAAUUUCAUUCAAGAGUCACAGGGAACAUUUAAGAUUGACAAUUGAUUUUUUAAAUAUUGUGAUCGAUAUCAACUGAUAUGAAAAAAAUAUACCGUGAUAAACUUUUUUCCAUAUCGCCCAGCCCUAGUAUCAAGUAAGUACUUAACUCUUGGUGGCAGAGACUGUCAAACAAUAUGUAAGCAUAUUUUUUCAAAGUAGUUGUUUGACAGCAUUAAUGUGCAAAGAGUUAUACUCUAUUGUAAGUGUUGCGAUUUGCAGGUGGUCUCUGCACACUCAGCUCAAAGUUGGCUGUGCACAGAGGCGUUUUGUUAUGACUCUUUGCUUGAUCGUAGAGUCAAAAUGACUGCCAAUGCGUCACGAUAAGGUUCUCAAAACAAACAAGAUGCCAGACUGAUUUCAAGGAACCAAUCAAGGAAAAAUUAGCUCGAAAUAUCAUGACAUGUGAUUCAUAUUUGGCCUGCCAGGUCAAUAUAGCCUGAAUCAAGUGUGUUUAGAUAUUCUGACCACAACUAAGACUAAUUCACUUGGUUAGACUUGGCUGCCCUAUACAGUAUGUCUGUUGACAGCAGUGUUAGUGAAAAACUGAGAGACUUGCUUGCCUGUCUUUGGUGUCUGUUGUGUUACAUGUUUAAUUUUGGUGUUUUAAAUGUUAAGUCAGAGCUGAAACUGAUAAAUUGGAGCACAUUAGUUGUUAUUUGAGGUUUUUGUUAAUGGAUUCUUAUGUCUGUCACCCUCAAAUAUAAGGUCUACCUCUGUUGGGACACAGAAUAACAGUCUGAGCCCCCCAGUCCCCAAAAGAUCCCAAGCAAUCAAAUGUAAAUAAUCCAAAACCAGAUAUGUUGAUAUACAGGUUGAUAUAUGAUAAAUGUACCUUUUAAAAUCUAGAUAAUAGUUGUUAGAUUUUUAGAAAAGUAAACAAACAUUCAUUGUGGUUUUGGACCUCUCCAUUGUCAUCUACACUUUGAAAGCAACAGCACCAAGGUCCAAAUGACAAAAUGGCCUCCUCCCCACUCCAGCAUCAGUGUGUUUGUACCAUAUGUAGGGCCUGAUGAACAGCUGACUGACACCUGUAGGACUUGAAGCCUGAGCCUCCAGAUGGUUCUGCUGCUCAGACCACUCCCCCAUCUGCUUUGAUGGACAAUCUGUCAAGGCUGUGUGCUGUCAGUGUUGGGCCAGGUGAUUCACCAGAGGGGCGGGUGAGGGACAGAAGGAGGAGGAGGAGGAGGCUUGGCUGGACUCCUCUCCUCUCACCCGAUGUCUGGACAGCUUAAUUGACUCCUAAGUGGUGGACUUCAAACUAAGGACUUACCUAAAGCUGUAUCUGGGAGCUGUCAGGGGUUUUCAGAGGUAUUUGAAGUGGAGCUAAAAUAGUGCACUCACUCUGCAUCCAAUUUAAUCCACAACCGUUGAGACUGUGAAACCCGUUUCUUCCUCCUAACUAUGACUGUUCAGUCACGUUCUGUCUUUAUAAGAAAGUAAGGCAAAAAGCUGAGAGUGUGUUUGUGACUUCCUCAAGUAUUUGGAGACCAUUGUUCUGACACUACAGUGACUCACCAACCUAGAUGUUUCCUGCAGAGCAAAACACUCACACCACACGGAUGAUAGGUUCAAAAACUUUUUGAAUUACUCAAGUGAAUAUCGCCUACCAACAGUGGUGUAACAGGCUGUAAUGGUCACCAUGAGGCUCUGGUUUGAUAACAAGACUAAAAGGGCGUCAGCACUGUAGAUAAAAUCCUGAAGAAAUUGACCUUUUUGUUAUAAAGUAGGAGAGAUUUGAAGGAUAAACAGAAGCUGCUUCAGUCUCUUCAAAGCCACCAGACCUGGCCAAAGCCCAUGCAAACACUGGAGCAUGUGCAGAACACUUAGGCCAGUUUUAGUGCAAUUGAUCCAACUAUAAGUACUCUUAUAACUUCUGGUUCUUUUUAUGGAAGCAAACCCAGUUUUUCACAUAUUUUGUAUCUUUUUUUUUUAUGGCUUGCCGUCUAAUCUGUGGAACAGCUUCCCCAAUUUUCACUUCCACCACACCCAAACACAGAAACCAGAAGCACUGAACAAAUAACUGGUGAUUUUUUAAGACAAAAACUCAGAUAUUAUUAAGCACAACAUGGAGAUUAGUGAGCUUCCACAUGAGGACGUAUCUGUCUUUGGCUGUGAACAUUUAUUGUAUUUUCACGACAGGUACUUUGGACCAGCAGUGGGCUAAAUAAGGAAGAACUUCCACUAAAUGUUAUUUUGAUGCCUUCUGUUAGUAAAAAGAAAUAGGAGCUGUAAAUCCUCUCAUUGUAGGAAAUGGAGUCACAGAUUUGAAUGUUUUAAAGACUAACACAUAGAAAGAAGGAGUUCCUCUCAUAUAGGUGAAUCAUAUCAGCUGUGAUUCAUUCGAGGUUUGUGAACACUCAGUCGUCUCCUCUCUUUUUUUUAUAAACUCAGAUGGAGAUUCAUAGUAAACAGGCUGUUUGUUUCAGCGUGAUAGCAGUGGCCUGAUUUCUCUCAGCUCUCUCCUUCUGGCUGCAAGCUGAGGCCAAAGGCGUCUUCUGUGCUCGGUUCAGCCGUCCCCCCUGAGGCCCGUCACCUCAGAGCCACCGCAACAUUAAAGCAACAGUCAUUUUUUUAUCCAGAGGGAUUUGCGGGUGCAGCAAAUGGAAUUUUAUUGAAUUGACAUUAUCGGUUUGACUAUAGGACAGACUAGAGGACAUUUUAAUUUUGUCCUCAGGUGUGAUGUCAGGAUGAUCGUGGUUUCUGGUGCAUGUGAGAAAGUCACUUCUUUGACUGAUAAUGAAAGACGCUGUAUAAGAGAUGUGAUGACUUAUAAACCACAAUCAAGUUCUUGUAACUUAAAAUGCUGAUGUUGUGUCACUGAAUGGAGCUGCCUGUUCCCUUUUCAUCCCCACAACAGAUCAUGUGAAACUAGAGUUUAAAACAGAGAAUCAGUUUGAUGUCUUCUCACAGCAGUUUGAGUUGAAAGUCUAAAAAGCAAAAAUGUCUAAAAUUAUCAGGGGGUUGGAGCUAACGCUGGGAUGAUAUGCUUUCCCCCGAUUUGAUUCUUUUACAAUUCUUUGGAUGCUGAUUCAAUUUAAAUUGUGAUUCUACAAUAUUGUCGAUUUUCUCAAUUUUUAGUCUGCAUUUUUAACACCAGUGAAACAGUUGAAUGAUUAUGAUUGUCUACUGACUAUUACAGGAACCAUAUUUCCCCAAAAUAUACAUAUCACAUGUAAGUCAGUUUUUAAGAUUUUGUCCUUCAGGUCAUUAUCUUUGUGAUGUUUGUGUCUUUAUCAAAAAGCACUAAACAAUCAGCCGGUCAGCCAUGUUGGAUAUACCGGUGAACCUCAUGUUGCAAUAACAUGAAAUCGGGUCAGAAGUGGACACACAGUAUGUAAAACUUAAGAAAGAUCGACCGUGAUCCGAAAAAAUAAAUGCCACAAUAUCACAGUACGGGAAAACGUCACUGAUGUGAACGCUUGUAUUGACAGGAUACGGUUUCGAAAAAAAAUAUUGAUGUCUGAAAUAAUCACACGACAAAAACGCUCCCAGUGUGAAAGGACCUCAAUUAUUAAAUUUGGGAAAAAAAAAUUUUUGACAAUAAAAAUCGAUUUAAAAAUUGUAAAACAAAAAAUUGCGAUACUUACGUGACUCUUUUUUUUCCCCACCCCUAGUUGAAACUGGGAAAAAAGAAACGAGGAUUUCAGGGUUUUGCUAAAAAGCUUAAAAUUACACUUGAGUUAAAUGUUUGAAAAUUGUGAUUUGCUUCGAUUCAUCACAGGGUCACAGAUAUUAAACAGCUGUUGUAGUUUUCUGACAAAUGUAGCAACAUUGAUUAACUCCAUUUCUAUCUAAAAAAAACAUGUUAAACACUUUAAUUGUUCUCAGCAAAACAACAAACUAGCAUACAAGCUAAAAAAAAGCUAUGCUUAUCAGAAGACUUGCAAAUGAAGAGCUUCAUCGUUGAUUUUAUUUCUUCACUGCCAAACAACAUUUGUAUUUAAACAGUUACUCGUUUAUUAACCUAUAGAUAAGGAAGCUAAUCUUCACUGAAUAACUGACGACUGAUGAGCUCAAAUGUUGAUCAGGAAGCUUGAGACAUACUACGAAACUCGUCUUUUCUUAUCUGUUGUUUUGUCUCUGUGCUGCCCCGUCAUUUCUGAGUGACUAAGUGACCCUUGCAGCUAUGUUUACAGUCAGACUGUGUGUUUACAGCACCAGAAAAUCUUUAGUGACAGUGUGACAUCAGUGUGUGUGUGUGACGCUCGCCAAACCUACUUUUAAAAAAUAAACUGAGAGCAGACUAAAAGAAAAGGGCACGGUCACAAUAGCAGCUCAGCAGCACUUUCUCACUUUGAUAUGUGUGUCACGUUGCUCACAUUCCUGCACCGCUGCUGCUGUUGUCAAACAACCAGAGCGUGGGGGGAAGGAAGAGGGGGGAAGGAAGCGGGGGGGUGGGGUAAACCGCACAUUCAUUGAAGUGUUGGCAAGAAAGAGGCCUUCGGUGAAGUGGAAAUGAAAGCUUUGCUGAGCAGUAAAACAAGCUCACACACUCUGUCUGUUACUUUCAGUCUUAGUAGGACGUUACUUUAACCACGUUGGAGGCUCGUUCAACACAUCAACACUGUUGCUGUUCUGCUGAGUUACAUAAAAAGUUUAGCAUUGUUUCCAAAAGUUGUGAUUUUGUUUUUGAGUAGCUAGAUGUGACCUUGCCUGAUUCGUACAAAACAAAGGAAAUAUUCACACUGUUCUAAGUAUCUGACAAAUUGAGCAAGAAGUUCAUUCCAGAGAAGAGCGGUAACAUGAAGUUUAGGUGUUUUUUCUUGUGUUGCUGACAGAGUGAUAUUUUAGCCAGGCUGCCGGCCGUUACAAUAGCAGGAAGUUUUCACAGCAACUCAACAAUGUGGAUUGUUUGUUUGUGUGCUGGUUCAUAAAACUAAAACCUGAAUGGCGGUCGGCAGUCUCAUUGUUUGUACACCUUUUGGACAUGACUGUUAUCAAAGUGGGUGUUUUCACACUCGCAUUAGCUGCAGCGUGAACCUGAUAAACUCACUUUGAGUUGGCGUUGUUCGCAGUAGGUGAACGCCCCUAACUAGUGUUCAGGCAGUGAAAACAGUCACAACAACACACGAAUGAAUAUGCUAAUAAGAGCGUAUAAGCUGCAGUGUGAAGCUAAAAUAUGCUAAACCAAAUCAAAAUUGUAAGAGUAAAAAAAACAAAAGACUAAGAUAAUUCUUACAGAGCUAUGAAAGCAAGGUGAAGCAAUGAAGGCUUAAAUUAGAAUAAUGCUGCGUUCGAGUUACCUCAGAAGUCAGAUGUCCGAGCUGGGAAUGACGUCACACCCGAGUUCCCAGCGUUUCAGUUACCAAGUCAGAAAAAAGCAAAAUCAGAGAAAACAAGGUGGCUACAUCCACAAAAGUUAUUUUAGCGCUUGUUAUUUUAAUUAUUUUAAGUUAUUUUAGCAUCCACUUUCAUAGAUGAAUCUCCGACUUUAUCGACUGCGUAAAAACGCAUCAAAAGCAGAAUUUGGACAUUGAGCAUUAAUACUUGAACACCCAAAGCUUUAUGAAUCUACCUUUAAAGUAAAAUACAUACAGAAUUUUGAUGUUAAGAUUCUGCUGAAACAAAAAUCUGCUGUUGAACUUUGACUUUGGUGCCCCAUAUAAGCCACGUCACAGGUUCCCCUUCACUCUGUUUAGCAUACUCAAGUUUUUCUAUCCACCAUUUUUCCAGGACGAUGAGUCUGAGACAUGAUGCUCUUUGUUUUUUCGCUCAGGCACAUGAAUCACACCCCGGUCAGGCUCAGAGGAUUGUUUGUUUGGGUUGGGUUUGUUAUCAGCUUUUUGUUUCUGUCUCUCUGAGGUCAUCAAGUGUGUUUUUGUUCCACUGGCCUUGGCUGUGUUCACUCAAAAAAAAAAAAAAAAAGAGAAACAAUACAAGAAGCCAUCUCAUUUCCUUGUUUGUGCAGAGAGGCAGCCAUGAAGCCUGUUGUUUAUAUUUUUACGGCGACUGUUUCCCAGAUUUUUCAGCUUGGCUCUGGAGACCUUCUGCUGUCGGGCUGUGCGAAUUAUCUGUGUUUUUGUGAAUAAGUACCCUGCAGAUUUAGUCUGACAGCAAUUUCAUGUAUGCAGCGUUUGAAAGAAUUAUGUGAACAACCAUUUUUGAGUUUGGUUUUAUUACAUAGAUUUACUUACAGGCAGAUUUUGCAUAUCUGUGUCUGUCAGCUUGCAGCUACUCCAGAAAGGUCUCUCGGUUCAAAGGCCCUGCUUCGGAUCCCAGCAUUGAGAUAAUAGUUUUAACCCCCACCUCAAUUGACCAGUUGUGUAGACUGACCCAUAGUCUGAUAGGGAGGGAGGGAGGGGGGUCGGGGGUCUGAGGAGAAAAAAAGACAAAAGUUUGACUCUUCUACUUUUUCAUGUUUACAAUCUAAAUCAAUCAUUAGGAUCAUGACACAAUCUCUCUCUUCUUUCUUUUUUUUCCCCCCCGCAGACGGCCUUAAGCUCCUUCUUCCAGGAAGCCAACAUCCCCAGUCACCACCACCAGAUGGUAAGUGCAUUCAGUUAACCCCAAGAAAGAAAAAAAAAUAUUAGCCUUUAGGCGUGAUGUGUGGCUGAGCCGAGGGCUGACGGGGCUGAGUCCCUUGAGCUGGGCGGAGGGACGGAUGCACCCACUGACCUACUGGGCUGAAUGUGGAGUUAAAGUCACAGCUGGCUUUCACACACCAGCAGGAGACCUAGAGAUGUAGACUCAGAGAUACUGCUGCUGAAGAGCACUUUUAUUAGAUCAUGAGACUAGAGUAGGGCUGGGCGAUAAACCGAACAUUUACUGAUACUGAAAUUUACGACAAUAACCGAUGUCAUUUUGCCCAUGUUGGUAUAUUUGGUGUCAAAAUAAAUGAAUAUAUAAAAGUUGGUUUUGGAUGUGUGUAGGUAGGCUAUGGUCUAUUGUCCCAUUAAGACGUGACUCCACCCCAUCCAGUCUGUAACAAAGAGGGAAAGACAGAUGAGGAGAUGGAGGACGGUUAAAAAGUUGUAGAGGCGACUGAAGUAGACAAAGUUAAUGUGGGAGUGGGUGAGCAGCUUGUGGAGUAGUUAUCGUCCAUUUAUCCUUAUCGAGGUGAACUGCUCAAUAUUUCAUGAUAUUGAUUUGAAGCCACAUCACCCAGCCCUUGACGAAAAUGAGACUAAGACGAACGUCACCAAAGCUCUGUAAAGACUAAAAUGUGACGAAAAUUAUAUUCAUUUUCGUCAGACGAGAACGAGACGAGACUAAAUUGUUAUUAGGUGGACGAACAAAGUUUCAAAACAUGCUUUUUUUUGUCCUACCAGUCACGCCCCCAUCACACACACACCAAAAGCCUCGCUCGCGCACAGCUGCGCGCACACACUCAUACACAUACACAGAGCGGCAGGUGGACGAGGCGCACACACACACACACCGUGGCGGCAGGAACAGCAGCGGUGCCCGGUGGCCGAAAAAAGAGGGAUGAUUUAUGGUCCUACUUCAGAUACAGUCCAAGUGACAAUAAAACACAAUGUCUUGUACGGGGACGGGGAGACGAGACAGACGACAGUUGUGGAGCCACAGUUUCCUCAUGCUGCGGCUUCAAACUGUCGGGAAAGAACACCACGAACCUCAAAAGGCACCUUUUCGUCGACUAAAACUAGACUAAAAGCUUUUGAGUUUUCGUCGGACUAAAACUAGACGAAAACUAUCAAGGAUAGAAAUGACUAAAAUGGGACUAAAACGAAGAAGCAUUUCGUCAAAAUGACUAAGACUAAAACUAAAUCUAAAAUGCCUGCCAAAAACAACACUGGAUCGAGGUGAACUGCUCAAUAUUUCAUGAUAUUGAUUUGAGGCCACAUCGCCCAGCCCUAGGCUACAGUACUAAAUGAAAACAGGCAAAUGAUCAAACAUCAGAAAGAAAUGCUCUUUAUAAGUCGUAAUGUUAUCUGUGAGGUCUUCAUCAAACAGUUCAGGGCUCACAAUGUUGUUGCUCAUAGUAGAUCGAACACACAAGUAUAAAUCGCGCUGAAGGGCUUAUUUGAACAGCAGCUGAUUAUGAGACAAAAGCUCCAUAGACACAACUAACCAAAAGCAAAAUAGUCAUGAGGAGAUAAAGGAAAUAGAUAAAAUACCAGCACAGAUGCAUGAGAUGGAUAAACAACUUAACAAACCAAAAGGAAUAAUCAAAGACGUGCAGAAUUAAAGUUUUUUGGGUCAUUUCCCACCAUAAUUGAACCCAACCCACUGCAAGGCUGUUGGUCUCUCUGCUACAAGGAGUGUAUGUGCUGACAUGAUGGUUCUUUAAUCUCUAAUUGCAGCUCUGUGAGACAGUAAUUAUGGACUUAUAAAGAGGAUCCACUUCUCAAAACUGAAUGAAAAACUCGUCUGUUGCUGUGCAGACUUGCAUCACCACAAACACACACACAUACAGAGCUGUCUGUGUCCUUGGCUCAGUUCUGCUUAUGCAAUCCUGUGUCUUAGCUGUUCGUGUCUGAAGACUCUUCCUCCGACCGACCGACCGCACUACAUUCCAGGAUCUGUCCGAUCCUGAUCACGCAGCAGUGGCGUGUCUAUCUAUUCCUUUUUUUUUUUUUUUCUUUUCUUUUCCGUCUUUAACUUUGACCCACCAGGGCUGCUCUUGUGUUGGUGUAAAAGGGUUGUCCGUUGCUCUCUAAGCAGCCUGUUAGUGCCUGAAGGAAGCCAGGGUGUGUGUGUGUGAGAGAGACAGAGAGAGAGAGAGAAGGAGUGAGAGAGGUGGCGGCUUGGCUUUGUUAUUAUUUUGGGUGCAGCGUGCUGACAUCAUUCCUUUCGAGGUCCUGGGUGUGUGUAUGUUUAGGUAGAGCACAGGGCUGUCCUUCCUCCUCCCCCCACGCACUCAAACUGUCCGAACAUGGCUGCAGGCGCUGUCGUGGAGCCACUUUGAGACGGAAGAGAAGGAAGUUAGCAGCAGCAACAAGGAGCUCUUGAUCAAAUAUUAACUCUCUCACUAGUUAGUCACUGCUUCCUCUGAAAGCACAGAGGCGCCGGGAGAACAUGCCUCAACCAGGACUGAGCUGUUGUAGGAAAAAUACUCGGGUGAAGCUAAUGUGGGAGUGCAACAACAAAAAACAAAACAAACAAAAAAAACCUAUGGGGCUUGUUGACAUACAUCACAAGCGCAAUGUGAUUUUGCGACUUUCCGGGGGGAAAAAAUACGCGUAAUACAUAUAUACAUAUGGUAUGUUGUAUCUGAACAGGUUAGCUUAAGACAGUGGUUCUCAAAUCCAGUCCUCGAGUCCCCCCGUCCUGCAUGUUUUGAAUGUUCCCCUGCUCCAACACACCUGAUUCAAAUGAUCAGCUCGUUAUCAAGCUCUGUAAUGGCUUACUAAGGAGCUGAUCAUUUGAAUCAGGUGUGCUGGAGCAGGGAAACAUCCAAAACAUGCAGAACGGGGGGCCUCGAGGACUGGACUUGAGAACCACUGGCUUAAGAGUUAGUUACUUCGCGCAGAUGAAAGUUAAAACAAAGACGUUUAGCAAACUGUUAAAGCACACAAACUAUCGUCAUAUCAGAAAUCCGACGCUAUGACUCUCUACAAGUUGUCCUUCAGGUCGUUAUCUUUGUAAUAUUUGUGUUUUUUGUAAUAUUUGUGAGCACUCUGUUCCCCGACACAUAAACGAUAAGCCGGUCGACCAUGUUGGAUAUAUAGUGGUGAAUCUGACGUUGCAACAACACGCAAUCUGAUUGGUCAGAAGUGGACACACAGUAUACGAAAUUUUAGAAAAUUCGACCGUGAUGCCAAAAAAAAUAAAUGCCGCAAUAUCGCAGGACGGGAAAACGUCGCUGAUGUGAUUGUUGUAUUGACAGGAUACGGGUUUGAAAAAAAAUAUUGACGUCCGAAAUAAUCGCACAAAAAAAACGCUCCCAGUGUGAAAGGACCUUAAGAGUUUUACGUAACAGUGCCAUAUAAGAGUAUGUCUGAUCACUGUUGAUGAUAUUGUUUUUUUCAGCUGGUGAUACCGAUGCUGAUUAGAACAGGUCAGCUCAAGGCCAAUAGAUGAUGCUGAUAUCUUGUCACUUUUAAUUGGUUGGCAUUUGAUGAUUAUCUCGGUCAGAAACAUGUUUCAGAUAAAUUUUAAACGAGUUCAUGAUCAAAAUUUCAGAUUAUGAUUGGGAUUUAUGUCAACCAAAGCUGCCACCCCUCAAGUGACAACAUGAAACUAUAACUAACAUGAUAAACACUGUAUUGUAAGAAGACUUUGAGAUCAAGUCGCUGGUAAAGGAAAUGCAGUGAGAAGCUGACUCAUUUUCUGAUCGACUCACAUGAAGUCAAAAUUAGUUUCAUAACCAGAGGAGUGGAGUCAUGAAAAAUGCAAGUUCAGGCGACUUUGACAUCGACUUCCUCUUCUCGUAGGCAGUCUUUGACCUUAAAACACAAAUAUUGUUUUUAAAAGAUCAAAUCGAGGCUGACACGAGUCAAAACUUGUCAAAGAAAUAAAUACAAAGGGGCCCUGAUGGACUCAUGAUGAACCAUUUCCAGUGUUUGUUGUGAUGCAGGCUCUGACGACACAGGUAGUGACUCUGAUGAAGAACCGGUUUUGUGGCAUGUCGGGAGUUGAUGCGUGAGGGUCAUGUGUGUGUCCUGUGUGUUUAGUACACACCGUUCUUUCUUUGUGGCUCGGCAGACCUCCAUGAGAGGUGUCAUUGUUUGUAACCAAUAGAGAGUAAGAGGCAGAGCGCCGGCACUCCCUGAGGAGGCGAGCAAAAUCGGAGACACAAACGUCUCUGUUGACUUUAAUUCUCCAUGAGUCAUGUGUUGAUGUAAUUAAACAGUCAGUGGGGUUACUUGUAACUGUUUCAUAUCCAGUCAGUGUUGUUUACAUUGAAGAUGGUCCAGUUUUUUAAGUGGUUUGAUCUAAAUCUGGUGAAAAAUGCACCGCAGGGUUGAGUUAAAGUUGAAAAAAAUCGGCUGUUUUUGUUCGUAAACAAAGUUACACAAAGGUUACAGAAAAUGCAAAUUAGGGCUGUCCCGAUACAAUAUUAAUAUCGAGUAUCUGUCCAUUAUCUAAAAUCUCUGAUAUCAGCGCUUCAAUACAAGCUGUCUAUUCCAGACUCUGCUCCAGCACUUCUAGCUAGCAGCGCCCUGAUCCAGCAUGCAGAGCCCACGUGAUCACAACAACAGUGUGUACUAAUGCUGCGUUCGAGUUACGUCUGAACUCAGAUGUCGGAGCUGAAAAUGAUGUCACACCUGAGUCACCAGCAUUUUAGCUACCAAGUCGGAAAAAAGCAAAAUCGGCGGCGGAAACAAGAUGGCUACAUCUACAAAGUUAUUUUAGCGCUUGCCUUGCCCUGUUAUAUUCGGACAAGUUCGAUAAGUUACAAACAAAGUAGCAAGGAGUAGGAGUGAUGUCGGCUGUGUGGCAGUAUUUUUCGCCAAAGUCCGAAAAACAUAAUCGAUAUCGGUAUCGGCCGAUACUGAAGGCUAAAAUAUCUGUAUCGUAUCAGGAGUGAAAAAGUUGUAUCCGGACACCCCUAGUGCAAAUACAGGUGAUUUGUUCAUUUAAGCUUCAGUUAAGUCAUUUUACACAAUCAGCUGUUACACGACUAUAAAAGGUUUAUAACUUAGAGAAACAAUUUUUUUAUCCGCAAAAAAUCACAAAAUAAAAUAAGACAGAAUCUGUGAUAUUUGGCGCAUCGUAUCCUGUCACAAAAGCUCAACAGUGAGGUUCUACUAGCGAAUGAUGAUGAUCGUAGUUGUUUUGGUCUGAACACAAACAUGUGACACCUCUGUGUGUGAGUGUGCAAAUGCCUGAGUGCUCUAUAUAUAUCGAUCUACAAGCUGCACAGCUGAGAGGACAGCCCCCAACACACACAAACACACACACACACACAUGCGCACAUCUAUUUCUGGCUGCUACCUGAUCUGUGUGUGUGUGUGUGUGAGAGAGACCCUUUGAUUGAUGUGAUCUGUGAGGACUUUUGGCAUUUAGCAGCAUACCACAGUCUGAUACAGAGGAGACCCUUUGCUUUGGACCUGUCUGUCAUUUUUAAAAAACAUGUCAAAGGGCUCACAGUGUCACAAAACUUUGAUAAGGUUUCAUGAAUAUUUGAGCUCAUGGUGAGUAAACAAACUAGAACUCAAACACUGAACCUGAGAUGUUUGACCCCUUUAAGAUACUUGAUCCUGCAGGCAUGUUUGGACUGAUGUGUUUUGAAAUGCGAUACCUAGUUACCGUACAGUAUUUCCCAACCAGAGCCGUGUUCCCGGCAGGGUGAGCAAAGCUUUAAAACAACAUUCAGAGUCAAAUCUGGGCAAACAGAGUGACGGUAAUGACGGGAAACACGGUUUAAAAAGAGAAGAUAAAUCCUGACAGCAGCUCUCUGUCAGACUGAGGGAUCUUCCGCUGUCUUAUCUCGCACAAACUAACUUCCCAUUUCUACCGUCUUUCUAUUCCUCUCAGAUGUGUACUCCCAGAAACACACCCGCCACGCCGCCCAACUUCCCGGACGCCAUCACCAUGUUCUCCAAGCUGCGGGCAUCAGAGUGCGGCUCCAGCGCCGGCAGCGGCCCCUCCCAGGUGUCCAUGGCCGGCUCCCCGCCAACUCCAUCUUCCACGUCGGGUUUCAGCUCCUUUUGGGCCUCCUCGCCGCCCAGCCACCAGCCGGCCUGGCUGCCCCCCUCGUCGCCCACAGGUCACCACAUGCACCACCACCACUACCACCACCACCACCACAUGCAACAGACUCCCAUGUGGCCCCCAGUUUCCCAGCCCAACGGCUCCCAGCAGCCCCCUGUUGUGUCGGCACUUCAUGGCCAGAGAUGAGACUGAGCGGUGGGCUAAAAGGGGGCAGGGAGGGGAGUUGAGAGGCUGGGUGCUGGUUCAUGUGUAGCCAAAUGAAUCUGAUUUAUUUUUUUCUUUUUCUUUUUGGGUAAGGGUGGGCGGGUGGGAGGAUAAAACUGGGUCGGGGAGGUUGACGUGGAGGAGAGGAAAUGGAAAAAAGACAAAGACACUGCUGUUUCCCUCUCUUGUUUGUUUUUUUCCUGAAGUGAUGAAGAGCAGUCUGGACACCUCUCCUCUGCGCCUUCAAUGCGUCAUUUUAUGAGAAAACACCCACAAACACAGAAACUGUCUGUAAUCAUCAAUGCAAACAUGCCCAGGACCCCACAGAGCACUCACGAGGAGAGGAGCCAUCUUACCUGCUGAACUGCUUCAGUUUUUCUUAUUUUUUAAUCGAGUCUUUCACGGGGUAGAAAAAUAACCUGGCAUGAAGUUGCCAAUAACCAGCAGAUGAAAAGAUGCUUAUGGAUGAUAUUGCUCUGGAGGGUUGAGUGUUUAUGUGAAUGUGAACAGGUUGAGGAGGGUAAUAGAAGCUGUAGCCAUAAAUUCACAGCUUCACGGGGGGAUGAUUUAACCCUGAAAGACGCGGCGUCCUCAUGUGUUACCAUUACAAACAUCCACUGAAUUUCUAAACACUUCCAGCUGAUCUCAAGAUAUUUCCAGAAUCACCUCAACAAAUAUGGGCACUAAACAUAUUCCUGUGUAUGUCUUCAUAACACGAGAACGUGAGAUACUUCAAUUUAAUCAUUUUAAUCAAAAACUUGACAUUUGUCACGAUGGAUGGAGCAUGCAGCACUUGCAAAUAUUUUUACACCUGUUGAAUGAUCAAAAAUAUCUCCACCAGUGAGUGGAGUACAGGGAGACUGAAUCUGAUAUUUAAAGCUCCCAUAAGGAGUUUUAUCAUGUUUAUGAAAUGGACUGAAAUUCUCAUUCAUGCAUUUUCAUGAUACCAAGACUAUUGUAAACAAGACUGUUAAUGACCAGAUGGACAAUUUUGUAUUUCCUGAUUUUUAAUGCCUGAAACCUGUGUGAGGGGGUAUGUGUCAGCUUAAGAGACAGCCCUGUGUUUACAAUAUUUGCAUUAAGAAAAACAGACUAUCAAAGGUCAGCAGGAUUAGAUUUUGUGUCAGAAGACACUAUUCAAGCAGGACAGGAUAGGUAAGGAUUGCUUUGUCCACCAGGGGUGUCAGAAUAAACACAAAAAGUUUCACAGGGGAGCUUUAAAGAAACAGAUGAGAUGGUAAUUAAAGCUCCUAUGAGGAGGUUUGUUCAAAUUUAUGAAAUAGACUGAAAUCUUAUAUUGAUUCUUUUUUUAUGAUAUCCAAACACAAGCAAAGCUUCAGGGUCAAGACUGAAGAUUUUCGUUUUGUAAUUUUGAAUUCCUAAAACUGGUGUGAGGGGGUGUGAGUGUCAGUUAAGCAGUUAAAGAAACAGUCCUGUUUUGACUAUUUUUCACAUUCAUUAAUGAUCAGUUUGACUGUCUAAAGUCAGGAUAAUGAGAUUUGUAUGUCAGAAGACACUACUUAAGCAAUUUAGAUCAACAAAGACUGCUUUGUCCACUGGGAGCAUCGAAAUAGAAACUAAAAGUUCCUCACAGGAGCUUUAAUUAAUGUGGGUGGGUUUUUUUUCUCCUUUUUUUGGUUAUUAAUUGAAUCAUUUGGGCAAAGCACAAAACAUUAGUUAAAACACAACUGACAUAUUCAGGCCUCUAUGUCAGUGUUUGAGACAUAAUUCAUUUUUUUUAAAGAAAUUGUUAAACUUGUGGAAACUGAACUGUUUUUGGAAAAUCUCUGCCUCAAAAGCUGCUUUAUAAUCACAAACUCAGCAAGAAACCUUUUUCAGUUCUUAAUCAGCUCAACAAACAACUCUUUUUAACAGAAACAGACAUAUUGUGUUGCGUCUGAGUUAACAAACUGCCCCCUUAUCCAGAGGUUAGCCGAGGUUGUUUUCCAGCCUGUGGCCUCAUUACCCCAUGUCACAAUCAAAAUCGGAAAUUAGUCUUAUAGAAAAUGGAUGUAAUGGAUAAUUUGUCAGAUAAAUAGUUCUUUAUAUCUCUCAAUUAAAUGAUGACUCUUGUCUCCAAAAGUGACGCACCGUUAGUAAUUAUGUUUGCUAGCUAUCAGUAAUAAAAUCCGUUGUUUUUCUGGAAUUGCAAUGUCGCAUCCAUGUUUUUCAAGAGAGUGUCCUUUUAAAUCUGGAAACACCUUGAGAACAGCAGGAAGUUUUCAACCUCAUGAAUAAACAAAGGUAACAUGUGAGCUCAAACUCAUGUAAGCAGGAUGGACUGUUAGAGGAGUACAGUGGAAACAUGGAGGAUGCUUUCGGUAGAAGUUUGCAAUAAUCUGAUGUAUGGAUGAUGGACGAUGUAAGUUCUCCUGGUUUUCUCUAGAGACUUGUCUGGUUGGUGAUGCCACACUUCUCACUCGCUGUUUUCGCAGGAGGAGUUUGUAAUUAUCCAGCUGAAAGCCUCGAGGUGAUUUCUGUUCAGAUUGACAGUAAGAGGCGUUUUUUAUUUUUAUUGUACAUACAAACCUCAGCCAAAUGAUGAUGAACUCACACAAAAGAAACAUGUAUCUGGUUUGAGACAAUUUCCAUGCAGUUGUCUGUCUGUCUCUGUCUGUCUGUCUGUCUGUGGCGGAGGGCGAUUGGAAGCCAACUCAGUGAUUUUCCACACAACCUGUCAGACACUCAACCACUCCUACCUCUGUGUGUCUGAAUGUAUCUCUGCUGCACACACAGACAGGAUCAGAGCGUUUGAAGACUCCACAGCAGAGCUCAUGUUUGAAUCCACGACGAUAGAAAAACAAAAGAAAACAAACCUUGAUGUCAUCUUCUUCUCACAGGAACUCACGAGUAGAUUAGUCUCAAGUUUACACACAGCCACUUCAUCAUAAAGAGGAAGUUGUUUUUGUCAGGGAGUGAUGGAUGCAGAGAGGAAGAAGAGUUUGUUCUUUGCAGACAAUCAAAGUGGUCCCUCUGUUUUUUAAUACUCUGUACUUUCUGGUUUUACUGUCCCGCACUUUCUUCUCACGCCUGCUCACUUUUAAAGCAGGUUCUUGGACUCGGGGAGGUCAAGCUUCACUGUUGAUGAUAAUGUUUUUUAUUCCACUUGCGUGAACUGCUUCAUGGGUACUGAUCAAAUCUAUCGGCCGUACAGAAAUUUAACAAGCUAUCUCAUGACGUAAAGGAAAAAUGCAUGACAGGCGGUAUCGACCUGCUUUAAAGGGCCACACCUUUGUUUUCGCAAGUUUGAAGAUGUUUAUACCUUAGUCUUAAAUCGCUCUGAAAAGCAAGACAGCUCGACAUGUUUUUGGAGUUUACUUGUUUUAAUAGAUUAGCCAUCCCAAAGUGGUGAUGCACAUCAAGUCUUUACUGCGUCAGCUCCAAGACUUACGGGGAAGAUUCCUCUGUUUCCUGUUUGAUCUGUAAAAUGAGAGAAAACAGUGAAAGAAUCUCCUCAUGAAGUCUCCUUCUUCUUUGUUUACCACAGCAACGGCAAAAACACCAAAGCUUAGACGAGUUAAAUACGCAAAAUCUCACUUUUAAAACUUCCACUGAUCAAAGUUUAAGUUAUCUGCAGCAGUGGACGCACAUCCAACUAUGAAUGUAAUAGAUUCAUCUAUUUCAAUGGGUAGAACUAUUCCACAUCAGGGUUCCUUUUACUUUGAUUCAGAUCAGCUAUAGAAACCCGUUUAGUUUAAUUUAUCCCUAACAUAAGCUCUUCAUGUUUGUGUGUUUGCUGUUAGCGGUAACACACAACACGAUAAAUAGUGGUCACACAUUCAAAAGUUUGAGGAGAAAAGUGUAAGGCUGUGUGACUUUAAGGGAGCAUUUCAAAAUAAGUCAAACCAGCGGUAUGGCCCAGUAAAUCAGUUUCAAAUGAACUGCCAUGAGUCAAACAGUCAUUUCUAUCGCGGUAUCAUGAUGUGUCUUUGACUCAAACUCUGCAGCAGCCUGUAGACAAGUCGGAGCGAAUGUUUGAAUUAGCAGAUUUGUUUUGGAUCUGUUCCCUGCUGUGUUUAAUGAGCGAGCUUCCUGCAGAGGGGAUUAACGACUGUUCUGGAAAUCCACGCUGACGUUUCUUCUUCGUUUGAAAUCAGACUUUUAGGUAUCAGUGAAUUACAGCCCGUGUCAAAACCAUGCCUGAGGAUUUCACAAAAACUGGCUGAUUUUUCUUUGUUUUACUUCACUUCAGCCUUUAUUCAACUUUUUUUUUUGGUUCUUACCAGGUGAUAUUUUUUUCUCAAGGUUCACUGCUCCGCUCUUUUAUAGAGAUUUCUCUUUGUACUUUGUGUUCAUUUCCUCUGUUGAAAUUUGUAUUUAUAUGUUUAAUAAAACAACGUAUGAUCUGCUA